GGACUGGGGCAGGGACAGGGAGAGGAGGAGGCGGCCGCGCGGCCCUGUGGACAGGCGCUCGACGUGGCUAAAGAGGCGCUGGAGAAAGGGGAGGUUCCCGUGGGCUGCCUGCUGGUGUACGACGGCGAGGUCAUAGGCAGGGGUAGGAACGAAGUCAACGAGACGAAGAACGCUACUCGACAUGCAGAAAUGGUAGCGAUCGAUCAGGUCCUUGACUGGUGCAAGCAACACAACAGAGAUUAUACGGAAGUGUUUCCACAAUUGGUAUUGUAUGUAACUGUAGAGCCCUGUAUCAUGUGUGCAGCUGCUGUGCGCCUGAUGAAAAUUCCACGGGUUGUAUAUGGUUGUCGAAAUGAGCGAUUUGGAGGCUGUGGCUCAGUUUUGAGCAUCUCAUCUGAUGAUAUGGUGGACACAGGAGACCCAUUUGAAUGCACUUCUGGCUAUCGUGCCGAAGAAGCGGUGGAGUUGUUAAGAGCUUUCUACAGACAAGAAAAUCCCAAUGCACCAAAAUCAAAAGUAAGGAAAAAGGAUCGUCGUAAGUAGCCGCGCUGGGGAGGGAGAAAGAAACUUACCAAAAAAUUAUAUGUGAAGGUUUCUUCAGCGUCCUUGUUUAAAAUGUACAGUUCAAUCAAACUAUGUCUGAUUUUCUGUACGGAGUUUUUACUAAUAGGAUACUUACUACUUCUUCCUGUGUUUCUAUGUAUGUGAUUUCUUGCUAUCAUAAUGACCAAAAAAAAUAAAUGGCUGUUUUUUAGAAAGAGGAAAA